GUGUUAGUUACGUGAAAAAUUGAAACUACAUUUUAAUAAUAAAAUGAGUUGCUUCUGGGAACCGUCACUUGCAUACAUGUUUGGAGGACUUAGAAAACAGCACACAUUAGCCGCCCGAAUCUCUCCAUAUAAUCCCAUCUCAACUUACAUCUAACUAAAUAUUGAUCAGAGUUGGCCAUCGGUAUUUUCAAGUUUCAACAUAAAAAAAAAAAAGGUUAAUUAUGAAUUCUUCGUUGGCGAUUGCUCUGUAUUUUCUUCUGGGAUGCAGCAUCGUUCAUUUCACAGAAGGCACGGCCACCUGCAGCGGAGGAAAGUUAAAGUCCGGCAACCCUCUGGCGGCGGCGAGGGACAAGCUCUUCGGUUACCUGAUCGCCAAGACUUUCGAUGCGCCCUACAAUGAGUACUGCACUUGGUACCCUGCCACCACCAAAACUGGCGGCACCAAGUACGUAUACGGCGUCGCCAACUGUGCCUCGGCGUCCAAGAGCUGCGGCGGGAACUACUGCUCCACCACCGCCGAUCAGUGCUCCGCGUGUCUGACCACCGCGCGGAACCGUCUCGUCAAGGAGUGCGGGAAGAGAGUCGCCGGCUACGCUGUGGUUCUUGACGGCGGGAAAGAGCAGCUGUGUAGCAUGCAAUUUACAGAUGCACACCUUUGCUCUUAACUAACUUAUUCCUUGAUAUGAUUGAUGUGAAAUUUCCCUAUUGUACGAUGUGGCUUCUUUGGGGUUCCGUUUUUUUCCUCAUUUCGGAUCAUAAAUAUUUCUCAAAACAUGAUGUGCGAAUCAAAUUCAUGUUUGAAUUGAAAUUGAGAUACUAAUGCUAAGUUCUUUAAUCUUUUUGUGAAUUAGAAGUUAGGGGUACUACGUAUUACCAGUGGCGGAGCCAGAAAAUUGGUCAAGAGGGUGUCUUUAUCAUAUCAUAAAAAAUCACCUAUACAAUAGAAAAGUCAACUUUAAAUUAAACAAAAAGUCAACAACGCAAUACUCUAAAUUCAUACAAUUACAUUAAAAUAGUUUCACGUACACCGGUUACAACGUCAAACAAAUAAGUUCAGUACAUACAAAUCAAGACUUUCAUUCAUCAAAUAUUACAAAUUAGAACUCAGAAGUACCUUGGAAUUGAUUUUGUGAAACAAACAAGUGAACUUCAAUUGGUACUUCUUCACUUUCAACUUUGUUUAAACAAAAGACAAGAAAUUUCUCUGUUGUAGAGCUACAAAAAAAAAAAUGUGCGAGUUUAAACAAAAGACAACAAUUUAUUACUAUAAAUAAAGACGAAAGUGCAUUGCAUAACAAAACUCACUCGAUCGAAAUGAUAAGAAAUUCUUCCUGCAACUGAAUGGUCAUUGGUUCGAAUUUGUAUAUACCCCUACUCGGAAAAAAAUUCUCCAAACCCAAGGGGGGUGCUUGCACCCCCCACCUCUACAAGUGGCUCCGCCACUACGUACUACGAGGAAUGUUGUAGUUCGAAAAAACCUGCAAAUUUUGUAUACUACAAAUUAAGGUAAUACUAGGUCUUGUGGCAGUUAAAUACUGAAUUUGACCUACCCCGUUGCUUAUAACUGUAGAAAUUGCGAAAGGUUCACCCCCAUUAAAUUAUUAUUACAUCUAGAAGACAUAAAUACUGCCGAACUCCCAGGUCGUUCAUUUUAAAAACAGACUAUAAUUUGGAAUCAGUGAUGACAAUGGGGCGGGCUACCUCAAUUCUCAUGUCCCACCACAUGCUACUACGAGACGGGCGGGUAUCCGCGCGGGUACGGGGCAAGGCGGGUCAACCCACUCUAACAUGUUAUUCGGAAAAAAUACACGCAAAUUUUACUUUUUAUGAUAAAGCGAAGGGAAAAACACUUUAAGAAUGAAAAUAGUGAUAAUAGAACGAGUAAUUGAGUCUAACAAGUUGAAGAUCGACUCUAAUUAGUUGAAGAAAAGUCAAAAUAGGAGAAAUAUGUAUAGAUAGAUACUAUAGGAAAUUGAGAUAAAAUGGGCCUAAAACGGGACGAGGCGGGGCAAGACAGGUCGGAAGUAGAUACCCAUGCUCCGCCCCACUCUACUACAGGUCGGAUAAUACCCGCCCCAUCGCGAAUCAGAUCGGAUAAUACCCGUGGAGCGGGUUGAAAUUACCAUCACUACUUGGAAUCCAUUAGUUGCACGAACUACUCCAAGAUCCACACUCCCAAUCACAUGCCAUCCAAAUGGACAAAAUUAGAACAACCAAAUGGCCUUCAAUGUGAGGAUUGAAGAUGGCAUGCACUGUCUAAAUUUGAUUGCUUGAAGCCAUGUCCGAGUACUGCUACAAUCAGUUUAGUAUAUGUAACUAUAUGCUUGUCUGCAUCAAAAAAUAAUGAGAUUUCUUAACAUUACGGCCCUUCACUUGCAAGGCUGAAAGGUUGGGACUAGUAUUUGGGAUAUGUCGAAUAUCGUAUUUAAUGUAUCAACUAUAUGUUUUUAGGAUUGGAAUUUGGGAUAUGUCGAUCAUCAAUGUAACAUUCAAAGGACAAGGGGGAAAAACUAAAAGAAUACUAAUUAAUUGAUUCAAUGAAAAGAGAAAAAUAAGCUAGCAAAUAUAAUUAAAAAUUAAAC